GCUUUUCUGGGCCUCCUUGUUCUUCCCAUGUAGUGUGUGAAUAACUGCAUGCCAAAUGCAGGCCUGUGUGUCCUGUGAAAAAGCAGAGACAGUUCAGCUGGACAGUGAGGGGGCCUUCCCAGGACUGACCUCCACAGGAUCCAGCAUCUUUGUCGUCCUUUUGUUUUUAGAAACACACAUGCACAUAGAAAGUGUGCUUGAAAUGAGAUGACCUAAAUAAUGCCCCAUAAAAACAUACAUGGGGAGAAGCAGCGGCAGAGGAAGGAAUCGGGGAGGGGAGCAAGAGAGGGGGCAAAAGUAGCAGGAUGAAGGAGACAGAAGGAAUGGAGGAGGGGGAGGCAGCGGGCAGGUGUUGGACUAGCGGCCCAUCUGGACAUUUCCCUUCCCUGAUGUGUAGGAUCUGAGCUGUCCCAGACCUGCACUGCUUUGUGUGACAAACAGCCCUGACCCUGUCAGCAGGGAAGAGUGUACAGGAAGGAGAGAGCCUGAAAUAGUUUCCUUCUGUCAAUUAAUUAAAAGCUGCUCAAAUUGCUUGGAUUAGCUCACAGUGUAUUCUGGCUAAUUAGGAGUCCUGUCACCCUCGUUACAUCAGAUUAGAAUAUAUUAUAGACACAGAUUUUCCCCAAGGAGACUUAGGGUUAAUCCCCUGUCCUGAGCAGUCCAGCAGGGUGCUCUGAUGGGUCAUGGUCAAUCAGUCUAGUCCAGGGUUCUCAAAUGAGAACAAAUGUUUUUCAUUGUAUCUUGACAUGUAUGUGACAGGCACACACAGAAACAAAUAUUCAACUAUAAAUAAUCCCCAUUUUACAGAUAGAGAAACUGAGGCAUAGGAGGAUGAAAUAGCACCAAAUAGAAUCUAAAUUGUUAGCGGCUCCAAACCCAUCUUUGUACUUCUGGGUUGAGAGCAGCCAAAACACUCUCCCUCCUCCCUCCCCCACCCAUUGGCUAGAGUUUUCCAGGCAGUUUGCUAAUGCUUUCUGUGGGAGUUUAAAACCUGUUACUAUUGCUCUGUCUUCUGUGUAGUGUCCCUUGACAGACUGAAGACUGUGAGCGGGUAGGCGGUCUGGCUGGGAGGGAGCAGGUUAGAGAUCCAGGUGGAAGGGGGUGGGGAACAUGACUGGUGUGAGGGGAAGCAGUGUGUCCCUGAAAUCCUUGUGACAGUGUCAGGAAGAGCAGCUCACCCUGGGUCUAUAAGCAGAGAAGGACACAUGGUUGCCUUGCCUGCCACUGCCUAGUCACGUUCAUUGGUGAUGAGGACAGAACAGCUUGCAAUGAUGGCAGCAGAAGAAGAGCUCAGCAGGCAGAGGCUACCUGGACAAGUCACUGAACUUGUACCUUCCCCAGCCCCUUGGCUCUUGAGUUUUAAGGUGAAAAGGAACUGUUCUGGUAAUUUAGGGUGGUAGCCUCUAUAGCACAGGCCAGACACUCAGAGAACUCCCUAGAGUGUGACCGUCACUGUGAGGCCUAGUGGCUGGUGCUUGGAUUAGACUACAGCAAGGUUGGGCAGUAAGCAGCUUGCAGGCCAGACAUAGUUUGCUGCUGUUGGGCUACCAAAUGCUUGAUUUACCUGAGUGUUCACAGGUAGAGCUGAGCCCAGCUCCCCAGUGGCUGCGGUUCACCAUUCCCAGCCAAUGGAAGCUGCAGCAAGCAGUGGCUCUCAGCUCCCACUACUCGGGGAACCAGUGAAAUGCUGUUUUACACAUACCAUGACCAUAUAACCUUAACUUUCCCCACUGUCAGAUGGCAGCUCCUGCUGGACUAUUCUUCUGGGCUUGGGGAACAUUUGCCUAAAAAACAAGAACCUAAUAACAGGGACUCCUCUAAGCCGUCAUCAGCCUCUUUAAUUGAGAUUGUGCACUGCAAACAAGAAGGGGGCUAGCUCAUUAAUCCCAGUGUGAUUGAUACAUUCCCUAUAUUAACUAUCCUUAUAUUGUUACUGCUCUCCAGGGUGCUGCAUUGAGGGUCCUGUUGGCCUGGAUGAAUUAUAUAGAUGUCCUAAUAUGGAACUGUGUUGUCUGCGAGAGCAAGUGUUAUAAACCUGGUACCUGGUAGUGGCUGGAGCUGUGCAGGGGGACUGGUUAAAGAACAGCCAUGCUGAGACUCCUCUUGCUGCUGCUUCUUGCCAGGCUCCAAAGCUGCAAUCCCAGCCCCCACAAUAUCCUUCCAGAGGAGGAUGCAGAAGAUGUGAGAACAGAGGCGCUGAAGAGACUUUUGGAAGUAUUUGGCAUAGAAGACCCUCCCCGUUCUCCCCACCAUAUCAAGCAGCCUCCGCAAUACAUGGUAGACCUAUACAACACGGUAGCAGGCGCUGAUGGCAUCACCAAAGACCCUGACAUCUUGGAGGGAAACACGGUCCGCAGCUUCUUGGAUAAAAUUCACAGUGAUCAGAUGCAUUUCCUGUUCGUCCUGUCAAGUGUGGCUAAGAAUGAGAGGAUCCUGACAGCAGAACUGCAUCUCUUCCGACUGCGGACUAAGGUGCCCGAGGGGCCUUUGUACAUGAGGCAUCACUUCUGCCAGGUGAGCGUCUAUCAAGUCCUGGACAAGAAUAAACUGGAUUCCUUUGAAGGGAAGAAGCUGCUGGCAGCCAGACUUAUCGCUCUGCAGGGCUCUGGCUGGGAGGUGUUUGGCAUCACACAAGCUGUGCGUGACUGGAUGGAAGAGGACAGCAGUAACCACGGCUUGCUGGUGACUAUCCAUGGCUUGAGGGGUGCACCGGUGGAUCCCAGCAUGGUGCAGUUUGCAUCAGGGAGAGAUCACCAUGAGAGCAAGAAGCCCAUGCUGGUUCUGUUCACUGAUGAUGGCAGGCGAGGAGCUGCUCUGCCUGUCAACAGCCUCCCAGAUUUGAGCUCUCAGACUCUAGAGGUCCCAGCUGAACCACUGGCCCCAGAAGUGACCGGGGUAAGGAAUGCCCGCUCGCUGGAUCGGUUCCUGCCAUGCCAGAGACAGCUCCUCUCUGUGGACUUCGAGGAAAUUGGAUGGUCAGGAUGGAUCAUCUCCCCAAGAAGCUACAAUGCGUAUCACUGCAAAGGGUCCUGCCCCUUUCCUCUGGGUGAGAACAUGAGGCCAACAAACCAUGCCACAGUGCAGUCCAUCAUCAAUGCCCUCAAACUGAGCCAAGGCGUGGGCAGCCCCUGCUGUGUCCCAGACAAGCUCUUCUCCAUCAACCUCCUCUACUUCGAUGAUGAUGAGAAUGUUGUCCUUAAACAGUACGAUGACAUGGUGGCUGGGAGCUGUGGCUGCCAUUGAUACUAUCCCGUAGGAAGAUAUCAAUGGCAAUGGCAAGGAAGAGCCAGGUAAACAAGGAAUCUCCUUCCCUCAAAUGCAAACAUUUCAUCGGCUCCCAGGAGCCAACCUGCCAAGAGCCAGCCUGAGCCUGGGCUGUGCUGCCCUGCUCAGGAACCUGCAUUUUCAUUCCACUUUCAAGAUCAUGUCCUGGGAGAAAGCCAUGCCUCAAGCUGCCAACACUUGGCACAGUGGGGCAAUUACGCUAAAACUGUGCCUAGCUUGUCUAAAACACUUGGGAAAUGCUUAAAGAUAAGAACUAAGCUGGGGAUCCUUCUGUGUGCACCUGCUCCCCUUGGGUGACCUUUGCCACAGGGCUAAAGCCCACUUUCAAAAGCUGUGGGUCUGGUGCAUUUGAAAUAAAAUUCAGGGAAUUGAAUUUCCCAGGCCCCUUCCUGCCUGCAGUCCCACAGUGUGGGGUGGAGAGAACCUGCGGGAAGCAUUGUUCACGGAAAGGCAUCCGUGCAAGGCUGUAUAAUAUGUAUAUAGCAAAAGCACUAAUAUAUGAUGGAAAACUCCUGUACAGUGUGCCUGUAAAUGUCUGUUCAUUGCUGCCAUAUAUCACCUGUCAAAUGAACUGAGAGUAGCUAUUAAACAUAGG